ACGGCAGAAUCACCGGACGCCUCCUCCCAUUCCCACGAGAUCCGACUCCUACCGAAGCCCCCACGUCGGCCACCGGCGCGGCAGCUGGCUCCGCACCCGCAGGCCGCGACGCGCGCGCGGGGUAGAGGGAGGGAUGGGGUGGGGCACGGUGGUUUACGAGGGCGCGGUGGUCGGUUCGUCGCUGGUGGGGCUGGGCUGGGCGGGGCUGUGGUUCCUGAACCGGCGGCUGUACAAGGAGUACGAGGAGCGGCGGGUGCUGGUGCAGAUCCUCUUCGGCCUCGUCUUCGCCUUCUCCUGCAACCUCUUUCAGCUCGUCCUCUUCGAGAUCCUCCCCGUCCUCUCCAAGCACGCGCGCUUCCUCAACUGGCACCUCGACCUCUUCUGCCUCAUCCUUCUCCUCGUCUUCGUCCUCCCGUACUACCACUGCUACCUGCUGCUCCGCAACUCAGGGGUGAGGAGGGAGCGGGCGUUGCUCACCGCCUCGUUGUUCCUGCUGGUUUUCCUGUACGGAUUCUGGCGCAUGGGGAUUCACUUCCCCAUGCCCUCCCCGGAGAAAGGAUUUUUCACAAUGCCGCAGUUGGUCAGUAGGAUUGGCGUGAUAGGAGUGAGUGUCAUGGCUGUGCUUUCAGGUUUUGGUGCUGUGAAUCUGCCGUACAGCUAUCUGUCUCUCUUUAUCAGGGAAAUUGAAGAAAUAGACAUAAAAAAUUUGGAACGACAGCUGAUACAAUCCAUGGAAACAUGUAUUGCUAAGAAAAAGAAAAUUAUUUUGUCCCAAAUGGAGAUGGAGAGGAUUCAAGGAUCAGAAGAGAAGCUAAAGGCCAGAUCGUUUCUAAAGCGUAUAGUGGGAACAGUUGUUCGAUCCGUGCAGGAAGAUCAAACUGAACAAGAUAUAAAGAACUUAGAAGCAGAGGUCCAGGCACUGGAAGAGCUUUCCAAACAGCUAUUCCUUGAGAUAUAUGAACUCCGACAAGCUAAGAUAGCUGCUGCAUAUUCUCGAACGUGGAGAGGACAUCUUCAGAAUCUACUUGGAUAUGCCUUGUCAGUGUAUUGUGUUUAUAAGAUGCUCAAGUCCUUGCAGAGUGUAGUCUUUAAAGAGUCAGGCUCUGUGGAUCCUGUAACGAUGACAAUCACAAUUUUCUUGAGGCAUUUUGACAUUGGCAUUGAUGUUGCACUUUUAUCACAGUACAUAUCUUUGAUGUUCAUCGGAAUGCUGGUUGUCAUAUCGGUUCGAGGUUUCUUGGCAAAUGUUAUGAAGUUCUUCUUCGCUGUUUCUAGAGUUGGGAGUGGCUCGACAACCAAUGUCGUCCUUUUCCUAUCAGAGAUCAUGGGCAUGUAUUUCAUAUCAUCCAUCCUUCUUAUAAGGAAAAGCCUGGCAAAUGAGUAUAGGGUGAUCAUUACGGAUGUUUUGGGUGGUGAUAUUCAGUUUGACUUCUACCACCGCUGGUUUGAUGCUAUAUUUGUGGCGAGUGCGUUCCUGUCCUUGCUUCUGAUUUCAGCCCAAUACACCACCCGGCAAACUGAUAAACAUCCAAUUGAUUGAUGCAUCUGUCCCACUUGUGCAUAUUGUCCUUCAACCACUAUUCGUCCGAGGUUGACCCAUUUUUUCGACCACAGUUUUGGAAGGUUCUGUUUCUUCAUAGACCCACAUACACAGUUACAGAACAUAGUACAUUAGCUAACAUGAAUGCGUCUCUUUACUGUGGAGUAUGCUUCCCAAUCAUCAUUUCUUCAUGGUUAACAGUUCCUCCGUAUGGAAGUUUCUAGUCUGCUGACCGUGCUGUACUGCUAUACGUAGCAGUUAUCCGAAUUUUGUGCAGGUGAUAUUGCAAUGGGACCUACUGUAGUGUUGUGUUCAGACAAAGUAUUUUUUUAUGAAAUCAAGUGAGGAACCCAGAUUAGGAAUGGUGUAUGACGUUGUAAAAUAGCUUAAGACUAAUUUUCUAGCGCGGUAUGGGUUUGAUGUAUUGCUAUUCUUUUGGCUGUUACAUGUGUAACAUUUGCGACAACUUCAAAAGGUACAUACUAUCACAUUUAUGUGACCACUUUCUUGGGGGAGUAUGCGUCUUGUGCUGAAUCUCUGUAUGUAACUGAAUUGAUCUGUAAGAUAAAUUUAUUACACCGGCGAUAGUCUUGUUCAUGAUAA